CAAUCACACCACACAACUUAAAUCAAACUGUUAAACACAAGUUCAAGAAUCUUCUAGAAAUCACAUAAACAACCAACCCAAAAACUAAAACUACAGAUAUAAUAAUAACACACCCAACAAACAAAUAUAUAUUCAUAUUUAUAUACAAAAUAUAUACAAGAAGUUGAGAAAUCAAAAAACCAAAAAUAAUACAGAGAUAUGGGGGUGGAUUACUACAAGGUGUUAGGAGUGGAUCGAAACGCAAAAGAUGAAGACUUGAAAAAAGCAUAUAGGAAAUUGGCUAUGAAAUGGCAUCCUGAUAAAAACCCUAAUAACAAAAAAGAUGCUGAGGCCAAAUUCAAGACUAUUUCUGAAGCUUAUGAUGUUUUGAGUGAUACGCAGAAGCGGGCAGUUUAUGAUCAGUAUGGCGAGGAGGGUUUGAAAGGACAGAUGCCACCACCUGGCAGUGGUUUCUCUGGUAUGCCGAGUGGUGGUGGGUCGUCGACAUUCUCAUUUAAUCCACGUAACGCGGAUGAUAUAUUUUCGGAGUUUUUUGGGUUUUCUAGCCCCUUUGGAAAUAUGGGGGACAUGGGAGGGGGGCCACGUGCAGCGUCAGGUGGGCAUUUUUCCAGGAACAUGUUUGGUGGCGAUGAUAUAUUUUCUCAGUUUAGAGCGGCUACCGGUGGUGAAGGGUCUGCUAGUAUGCCACCUAGGAAAGCGGCGGCGAUCGAGCGCACAUUGCCGUGUAGCUUGGAGGAUUUGUAUAAAGGGACAACAAAGAAGAUGAAAAUCUCAAGGGAUGCUACUGAUGCAACUGGGAGAGCAACCACAGUAGAAGAAAUUCUUACAAUAGAGAUCAAACCUGGGUGGAAAAAGGGUACAAAAAUCACUUUCCCCGAAAAAGGAAAUGAGCAACGAGGUGUAAUUCCUUCUGACCUUGUUUUCAUUAUUGAUGAGAAACCACAUGCUGUGUUCAAGAGGGAUGGUAAUGAUCUUGUUGCCACUCAAAAGAUAUCACUUGCAGAAGCUCUAACUGGUUACACAGCCCAACUCACAACACUCGAUGGCCGGAACCUGACAAUCCCCGUCACUUCUGUAAUCAGCCCAACUUAUGAGGAGGUUGUUAAAGGCGAAGGGAUGCCUAUACCGAAAGAACCCACCAAAAAGGGUAAUUUACGGGUCAAAUUUAACAUUAAGUUCCCUACGAGGCUUACUUCUGAGCAAAAAACAGGUAUCAAGCGACUGUUGACAUCAUCCUGAAGGAUUGGUUCAUUAUAAAGCAAGAAUGCAUCUUCGUUUUUUAGUUCUUUUGUGGAUUGUUAUUUAGAAAUACAUCUAGAGUUGGAUAACAAUAGUUUCGGUGUUAUUUUGAAGGGAAUGUUGUUAUUGUGGUACUGUAACUUCUUUUCUGGCUUCUUUCUGGAGAUAGAUUUUGUUUUGCAUUUGUGGUGUUGGAUAUUCUGCUAUCCUUUACAUAUGAAUUCUGCAUUGGGGUAGAAAGAUUUG